CGAAGGAGAGUGAGAAAGGCGAGAAAGAGAGAGAGAGUGCUCUAGAAAUGCCAGUGAACUAGGAAUUCCCCCACCUCCUCCUCCUAGCGCGCGUGUGUGUGAGAAUAAGUGCUUAGACUAGUCUGGGCAAGUGUCCCGAAGUGUGUACACUGCUAUUCUAGACAUGAUGUUUUCCAGUGUUACCAUGUUCUACUAUCCAGCUGGAGGUUUUCACACUGAUAUAUUGGGAACGUGUUAUUUUUACGUAUCAUAUUAAAUGGACUGGAUUGUCAUACUGUGAAAUGUUUAGUUACUACUGAGGUGUAAUGAUUUUGUAAGGGAUAAAGUCCAUCACUUCAACCCUGAAAUUGUGAAAUUUGGUGUGUUUGGGAAAGGAGAGAGCGAAGGUAACUGAAUGAGAAUAAAGUACGGGAUGAGACAGAAGAGAGGGGCAAGGAGAGAAGAAAAGUAAAGAAAGAGAGAGACACCGUCAGUGUCCCGGUAAACAACCAACCACCGGGCUGACCAAUCAGAUGACAACAUGAAGCCCAUCAAAAAGCCAGGCAGGCGCUCCCCGCCCUCCACCAGGGCCAAGGGGGGAAAGAGGAGAGGGGUGGGGGGCGACAGCCUGGACGGGGGGGAGAAGAGAGACUCGGACGAAAACAGAGACCAUGCACCCUCCCCCAGGGGCCACACCUCCCCAGAUUCCUCUCAGGAGGAGCCCAUUUUGUCGCAGACCGUGGGCCACGCCCACCGAGAGGAUUGUGGGAAUGUGUCCGAGGAGCAUCCUAGGACCCUGGGAACACACAACGACAGCAGCAGUGGCGGUAGCAGCACGGCCAGCGCCAACAACAGUCCUAACCCCGCCUCUAGUCGCAAGACCGCCACCUUCAAGGCCCGUGUUCCCAAGAAGAAGUAUACCUCGGAACACUGUGCCAUCGCAGUCGGUAACCCCAGCACGCCACCCCUGCAGCAGAACAGCACCGGCAGCACUGUGGGUGGAGUCCACGGCAGUAUAGUGGGCCGACAGUUUUCAUCAUCCUCAUCUUCAUCCUCCUCCUCAGGCUCGGGUUCGAUGACAGGAGAGAGUGGGGUACAGUGCAGAGACAGCAGGGGGACGGGAGAGGAAUACCCCAUCCUCAGCAGAGUCCCUCAGGGCAUUGCACCUGACCUCGCAGCCCUGGAGAGGGGGAGAGGGGCAGACAGGGAGCGAGAAGCGCCCCCCCCCAGCCCCGUGGUGCGAUGCUCCUCCACGGACACGGCCAGCGAGCACUCUGCCGACCUGGAGGUCAGUGACCCGCGGCCCCACCCCGCUGACACGCGCCCCCAACACACCCCCCCAGGGCCCGCCCCCGGGGCUCACACACUCACGCAUGCCCCCCGCAGCCUGCCGGAGGCCCUGGCCGAGACCCUGGCCAAGGGGCUGAAGAACCAACGCGUCUUGGCUCGGCAGGCGUGCGCGAGGGCAGGGGUGACGGGCGAGGAGUUGGAGCGGCGGAGGGGGGAGGGCGAGGCCGCCAUGGACUUUGUGUUCCGCGCCGGCGUCGUGCGGAGGGUGAGCGGCGAGCACGGCAGCCUGGAGGUUCAGCUGAACGGCGAGAAGGGCCUGUGCCGCUACCCGUUCUGCGAGGGCCCGCGAGAGGAGCCUGUCGACAUUGUCCUGGAUGCCCCGCCCCCAGGCUCCCAGCCCGUAGCCAUCGGAACUGGCGUGUGCGUUCCGUUCGGAAGCGGGGCCGCCGAGGACGUCGGCGAGCCGCAGAGGCAGUGGUACCGGGAGGGUGUGAUCACCCAGGUGGACAGCCACCCCGCCGUGGCAUACCCCUACCGCGUGCUGCUGUGCGAGGACAGGAGAGCGCCCUCCGGUGGUGAGGACGGGGUCAGCAGGGCCGCCGCAGGCACCACGCAGGCCGUGUGGGUCUCCCGACAGAGCCUGCGUCUGCUGGUGCCCCCCUGGGACCUGGACCUGCCUGGGGGCGGGGAAGCAGGGCCGGUCGGCGACGGAGAGAGGGGGAUGGAGAGGGAGGACCGGGAGGAGAUGGACGUGGAGCAGGAGCUGUGUUGUCUGAAUCGAGGGAUGGCGCCGGGCAUGGGGUCUGUGUUGGGGCGUGGUGGGCUAUCCUACCCUGCCACAGCUCCUCCUUCCUCCUCCUCCUCCACCGUCAGCUCCCCUGUGACUCCCGCCUCUGUGCUCAGCCUGGGGCCCGCCAGAGACUGGGACAGGGACCUGGAGAGAGAGAGGGACAUCCAGAGGAAACAGGAGAGAGAGAGGGAGCGAGAGAGGCCCAAACACCACCCCUUCCUUCCUCUCACUCCCGAAGAAGACAUGGAGGUGUCCCACUUCAGCAUGGUGCCAAUUGGGGCGACCAUACCAAGCGCCAAGGUCAUGGGGGUGUCCCAGCACCGACCCAUCCUCUCCAAGCCCCCCCCAGGCUACCUCAGCCCCCACCUUUCUGUGGUGCGGGGCAUUGGGACUCCCCUGGGCCCCCACCUGACCCUCAACCCGCACCCCCCUCCCUCCCCAGUGCUUCUAGGCCUGGAUUCUGCCGCGGUGGGAAUGGGGGUCAUCUCUACCCCCCAGCUCCCCCCUCUCCCCCCUAUCUCCUCAUCCUCCUCCUCCAGACCCUCCCAGGAGAAGACUCCCUCGGCCUCCGGCGGGGGGUCGGGGUCGGGGUCGUCUUCGCGCUCCCGGACCCCUCUGACGGCCGCCCAGCAGAAGUACAAGAAGGGCGACGUUGUGUGCACGCCCACUGGCAUCCGCAAGAAGUUCAACGGCAAACAGUGGAGGCGUCUGUGCUCCCGCGAGGGCUGCUCCAAGGAGUCCCAGCGCCGGGGCUACUGCUCCAGACACCUCUCCAUGAGGACCAAGGAGAUGGAGGCCAGCGGAGGGGGGGUCCGCGACCGCGGCGGCGCCAGCAGCACCGGCACCCUCACCCCCUCAGACCUGCGGCUCGGAGGGGGCAGGACCAGCUCCGAGUUUGACUGGGACGAGACAUCGAGGGACAGCAGCGAGGCCAGCAGCAGGGGCGGAGACUCCAGGCCCCGCCUCGUCCUCCCCUCACUCCUGCCCCAGGACCUGUCUCGCUUCGACUUUGACGAGUGCGAGGCGGCAACCAUGUUGGUGUCCCUGGGGAGCUCUCGCUCCGGGACCCCCUUCUCCCCCAUAUCCAACCAGUCGCCCUUCUCCCCCACCCCCUCGCCCUCCCCUUCCCCUCUCUUUGGCUUCCGCCCUGCCACCUUCAGCCCCAUCGCUGCUCCACCCUCCCUUACCCCGAGGCGCCACCGCCACCUCAGCGGCACCAAGAUGGGCACCCCCGGCUCGGACCGCGAGCGCCACCUGUCGGGCAUCGUGCCAACCUUCCAGACCAACCUUACCUUCACGGUACCCAUGAGCCCCAGCAAGCGCAAGCUGGAUGCUCCCCCUCCGCCCCUCCCCCUGCCUGUGUCCCAGGACUACGCCAAGGCAGACCAGCUGGGGGCGCUGGUGGGCAGCGACGCCUUCCGUGUCCUCUCCCCCCAGAGCCAGCCCACCACCCCUUCCUCCCUGUCCUUCCCCCGUCCCCGCAGUGCCACCAGCCGCCCCCCCUCCUCCGCCGCCUCCACCCCUCCUCCCAUGCUGGUGUCCCCCACUCCGCCCUCGCCCCUCCCCCAGGAGCCCAGCCCCCGUCGCCUCGUGCCCCUCCGGGACUCCCCCGUCAUCGUCAGGAACCCGGACGUCCCCCUGGCUAAGUUCUCCGACGGCCCCCUGGCGAGGAGGGAGCGACGGAGCCGCGAGCUGAGCCAGCCCCCCCACCUGUCCUCCGGCCUUCAGGCGCCCGUCCCCAUCAACGGCGCCGCCACCAACGGCGCCGUGCUCCUCCGGAACCCCACCUCCACGCUGGUCCUCGUCACCUCCUCCCAGUCGCUCACGCCUGCGACCUCCCACUCCAGCCCCGCCCCCAGCGGCUCCAUGGCAGGCUCCGCCCUCUCAGGCUCCGGCACCGGGGGCAGGGAGAGAGACAGGAAGUCAGGGGGGCACCAAGAUGGCAUUGGGGGGGUGCUUCCCCAGCCGGUGGCAUGCCACCCCUCCCCCACGGCUCUGCUGCCCCUCAUCCUGCCCGCUGAGUCACCUCAUCCCGCCCCUCGCAAGGACAUCAUCAUGGGACGCCCGGGCACAGUUUGGACCAAUGUGGAGCCCCGGUCAGUCCCUGUGUUCCCCUGGCAUUCAUUGGUUCCUUUCCUGGAGCCCAGCCAAUCGGCUGCUUCUGCCCACCCUGCUGAUAGCCAAGAGCUUGUCAAUCAAAGUAAAGAGCCUCGUUGUGCCGUGGCCCUGGUGGGUGAUGGGCAGGCGGCUCCACCAGACACAGAGCGGGGAUCUCCCUCAUGCCCGCCUCCUGCAAAUGACAGCCAACCAGCAGAGAGGGGCAUAGCUGACAGCGAGACAGAGAGUGACGCAGAUGACCCGUUCUUCCCAAGUGUGUCAGAACCUCCGUCCUCUGCUGGUCCUAUGAAGCGCCGAACACAGUCCUUGAGUGCGCUGCCCAAAGACGGAGACAGGAAGAGGGAAAAGGACCACAUUCGGCGGCCAAUGAACGCGUUCAUGAUCUUCAGCAAGCGCCACCGCGCUCUGGUCCACCAGCGGCACCCCAACCAGGACAACCGCACGGUCAGCAAGAUCCUGGGGGAGUGGUGGUACGCCCUGGGGCCCAACGAGAAGCAGAAGUACCACGACCUGGCCUUCCAGGUGAAGGAGGCCCAUUUCAGGGCUCACCCAGACUGGAAGUGGUGUAACAAGGACAGGAGGAAGUCUCUGUCUGAGGGGCGGGGCACCCCGGGCGCCAAGGAGGCCCGCGAGAGGAGCAUGUCUGAAAGCACAGAGCCCCCUCCGGUGUCCCAGGCGUCGGAGGGAAAGGCCGUGGCCUCAGGCUGGGUUGGCGGUGGGGCUGAGCGGCGAGUGGGCGGCCUCUACGGGGGCCAGCUGCCACGCCCCCGAGCAUUCUCCCAGAGCGCGGUUCACAACCUGGAGAGACGGGAGCCAGAGACAGGCCUGGAGAAGUUGUGUCAGGAAGGGGCAGGGUCAUUCCAUAGCCGUCCCCCUCCCCUCUCUCUGUUGCAGCGCAGGACUAGUGAGGAUGUAACCAGCGACGAGGAGCGCAUGGUCAUCUGUGAAGAAGAAGUGGAUGAUGAUGUCAUGGAGGAUUCCAUAGACCUGAAGUGCAAGGAGAGAGUGACUGACAGUGAGGAGGAUGAGCCUGAUGGACAGGGUGGCAGCCAGACGGGGGUCCACUCCUCCCUCCCCUUCUCCGCCUCCACCCAGGAGAGCGCUGCGGGGGGCAGCACAGACAGCUCUGAGAAGAAGAGGAAGAAAGGGAUGGAGGCAGGGGAGGAAGGGAGCGGAGGAUCUAAAAGAGGAGUCGAGGCGGCGGGAGGAGGAAAAGUAGGAGGGGGGCAGAUUCCUGCUGACUCCUCCUCUGGGUCAGUCCUGAACACGCUGCCCCCCCCUACUCUGGGACAUGGUUUCAACCAGGUGCUGGGUGCUGUCUGCGUGGCCCCCACCAUUGUGACCAAUGUGGUACGACCCAUCACCAGCACGCCCAUCCCAAUCGUCAGCAAGCCAAUGGAAGGACCCGUGGCUCUCAGCGCACUCCCCCAAGAGAAAGCCACCCUUCUUAUUGGAGGAGCGGGAGCAGGAGGCGGGACAAUCACAGCAGGGGGUGGGUACCUGUCCUCAACCUCCCCCAAUUUGGUCAGUGUAGGCGGGGUUGGGCCCGGGGGAUUGGUCACCAGCCUUGUUCUGGGAGGAGCUUUCCCUGCCCAGCCAGCCAUUCAGCUGAUAACCCCUCCCCACCCGCUCUCCUGCACUGCUCCUAGCCUCUCCCACUCCACCUUGCCCCUCCCCCUGCUACAGCCACAGUUCCUCCCCGCCUCCUCGCUCACGCCCCCCGGCGCCAAACAGCCAGCCACACAGCUCCAGUACAUCUUGCCCACCCUCUCCGCCAGCAGCAACCCCAAGAGCCCCUCCCCCCAGGUACCCCAGCAGCCAACCAGCAUCCUCGCCCUGCCCUUCUCCCCGCCCACCCAUGUGUCCCUGGCCAAUGGAGUGCACUCGGGGGCAGUGGCAGCAUUGGGAGGGGUCAGCCCCGCAGCAAGAGUCCAAGCACAGUCUCCAGUCUUGCAGAGCAAGAUGCUGGUUCCCAUGGCAACAGUGAGAACAGGUUCCACUCCUCCUCAACCUAUUUCCCUGGUGGCCCCGCCCCUUCCUGUGCAGAAUGGCAUCCAGACAGGAAACAAGCAGAUAAUCCAGGUAGCUCCCAUGCCAGUGGUCCAGGCCAACGUCCAUCCCACUGGAGCAGUGCACACUGGGAACCCCUUCCCUGUUUCCAUGGCAACAGCGUUGAUGGCGCCCGCGACGAGGAUCACCUAUGUUCAGUCCCCCCCUGGGGUGGUCUCCAUGGCAACCGUCCAAGCCCCACCCCCUCCAGACCCCGCCUACUUGCCAUCUCCCCUGGCAACGCUGGGCUUCACUGCCAUCGCCCCAGCGGGCCAUACACUGGUUCAGCCAAUCGUAGCAGGCCAGCCUCCCAUGCUAGCUCCAGCCCCUCCCCGGUCAGCCAACGGCAGCUGUCCGUCACAACCUCCCGGCUCCAUGGCUCCAGGAGCCCAUCACCAGUUUCUCACUGCCAUUUACCCCUCCCCAAACGUCACCCUGGCGACUGGAGUAGUCUCUGUGGCGACGGCGCCAGUGGUAGCCACGGCCGCCGCUCUGGCUGGUGUGCCGGGGGCGCUGGCACAGCCCACUAGCGUGUGUCUGCAAGGGCUGAUGGCACACACACUACCGGGGGAAGCAGAGCCCGGGCAGGAGGACACGGGAGAGAGGCAGAGAGGGAAGGAGAUAAAGAAGGAGAACCUGGCCGACUGUCACACUGAUGUGGAGGCGACAGCAAGUGUAAAGGAAGAGAGAGGAGCCCCUCGACGCAUCAAAGAGGAGAACACCAGCGAGGACUACGACUCCCCCCGCGAGAAGCCGCAGACCAGGGGUAACCGGGAGAGAGAGGGCGGCUGGGAGAGGGAGGUGAAGAAGGAGAGUGAAGGGGGCAGCUGGGAGGCCGAGAGGCAGAGGGAGAGGGACGAACGCAGCACACCGGACGGGGACGCCCGAGGAGGCAACAGCAAGGAGACUGGACCCAGGGACUCCCUCCCUCGCUCCCCUCUGCCUCCUCCCUCAGGAUUGGACACUCCUCUGCCGCCACCUCCCUGUGACCGAGACCCCGCCCCCUCUGCCAAGAGGAUCAAGUUCCGCCCACCGCCACUCAAGAGGACCCCUGACUCAGUUGACAAGGUGCUCUCGGGGUCUUACUUUGAGGAGCGCUUCGCCGAGCUGCCCGAGUUCAAGCCCGAGGAGGUGCUGCCCUCCCCCACGCUGCAGAGCCUGGCCACCUCGCCCCGCGUCAUCCUGGGCAGCUACCGCCGCAAGAGGAAGAACUCCACCGACCUGGACUCGUCGGCAGAGGACCCCGGCUCCCCCAGGAGGAAAACACGCCGUCUGUCCAGCUGCAGCUCCGAGCCCAGCACUCCCAAAAGCGCCACCACCAAGUGUGAGGGGGAGAUCUUCACCUUCGACAGAGCCGGAGCAGAAACCGAGGACGUCCUGGGGGAGUUGGACCGGGUCCCCUUCUCUUCCCUGAGGAGAACCCUGGACCAGCGCCGCGCUCUGGUCAUGCAGCUGUUCCACGAGCACGGCUUCUUCCCCUCAGCUCAGGCCACAGCAGCCUUCCAGGCCCGCUACUCAGACACCUUCCCCACCAAGGUGUGUCUGCAGCUGAAGAUCCGCGAGGUCCGGCAGAAAAUAAUGCAGACGGCCACGCCCGGGACCGCCGACCUCGGGGGACCGACAGGGGGUGCAGCAGCCGGCAACGACCCCGCCUCCGCUGGUGCACUGGGCUCAGCCAAUCCUCAGGCCCGAGAGGACAGCGGGGCGGAGCCAGGGGAGAGACGUCGGAGCCCCGAGGAACCCAGGAGCGAGGCGUAGGGGUCCCGCCAGGGGAGAGAAGGUGGAGGAGCGGAGAGAAAAGAGAGAGACUGUGUAAAAAGUGAGGAAUGAGUGUUGACCCCCGAGCAUGUCCUUGUACGCGUGGUAACAGGACUCGCUGUGGCGUCAGCGCUACACCGGCACUACACUUAGCACAUUUGUAGUUUGUAUUUGAACACAGAGGCUUCUCUCUCUCUCUCAAACACACACCAUAUAUUCACACAAAUAUUGAUAUACACAUGCUCACACAGCUUGGUGCAAUCUCUGGCGUGUACAAGGCUCAGCCACACACACACACACCUCCCACCAAGUAAAUCAGACUGUUACUAUGGGAUGGCAUGCCCAAGAGCUGUCACCAGAACCACACACACGGCACUUUGUCACUGGUGCAGAGGCAGGAUGCAGGAUGCCAGCUCUCUGAUGCCAUUGAUUUGACCCCCUCCCCCACCCCCCACCCCCCACCCCCCACCCCCCCCAUUCAGCCCGGUGGGGGGAGGGGCAGGAUUUAAUAACCUCUGACCUCCAAUGAUAAUUCCACAGCCCCUCUAUGCUGCAAAACAAGACAGCACUGAACUGGACACACACACCUCUCUCCGCACACACUUCACACACAAACACAGUCAGUAAACCCAAUCUCAUCUGACCAAGCCACUGCAAUGGCCUGCACAGUUAUAGGGACUGUAUAAAAAUGUUAAAGAGACUUGAACAUGGAUCGACCUCCUCCAUUUCCUCCUCCGCAGAGAUUAAAUGUAACUCAGUGUGACUGACCAAUCAAUUACCUUGUUCAUUGCCAUGACAACUGACAUGGUGAGCUCCCCGUGGCUGGAUGUGAUGCAGUGUGUUGGAGUUUCAACCUCAUGGCCACCGAUCCUGUCUAAAGAAGCAGAGCAACGAAACCAAUCACCAGUUGACUCCCCCUAGCAGAGCACAGGGAAGACCAGACAAGGAGGUUUGUCCACCGUGAUUGGCCGGUCCAGAUUGAUUCGCGCCACUGGCAACCACAGACUCGGCCAGCCCUCAGAGAAUAAACUGGCAUACAACAAAACAAAGCGAGAUAGCUAGAUUUUUAAAACAACCUUCCUUCAUCAUUCACCCAGUGGAUAUGUUGCUUUCUCUCGUGGUUCUGCCGUGAAAAUAACAUGUUUCAUGUGGCCUGUUGCUCUUGUGGCUCUAAAUGGUGUUUCUCCAGUAUAAACUGUUUAGAAGGGGGCCCGAAAGCGCCUUUUGUCCUGCUCAUGAGGAGUUUAUUUCUGGCCGUUCCGCCCCCUCUCCUCCCAUGACUUGUCACUAGGCUCACCAAGGAGGGUGCAGGGAGUGCUUGUUUUUAAACGUCAAAAUCAGGUGUUUGCACAACAUGUGGUCUCUGACUGCAAUUAAAAAUCAGGAAAGUAUUGUUUUUAGAGAUCGUUUUUAGUACAAUUAUAACCUUGUUCUGUCGUGUUAACAAUCUCCCUCAUUCUUCCACUCGGAGACCCCUUCCCCACCUCCUUUUCCUCAUUCUCUUUCUCUUCCAUAUCCACCUCUUCUCCCUCCUUCUCUUUGUCUUCUCCCUCCUUUUGCACCUCGUCCGGCUUUGCUUCUCGUCCUGGUGUUGUCCUUCCCUUUGUCCUCUUCCUCCUUUUCUCCCUCAUCCUCCUUCCCCUCUUCAUCUUCCUCCUGUUCUACCCCCCUGUUCUUCCUCCUCGUGUCCUCUUUCUCUCUCUCUCUUGCUCUCUGUUUCUCCAAUGUGGUUAGAAAGUGCCCUUCAGCCCUGGUUCCAGGGUGAGCAUGGUUCUUUAGCUCAGGAUGGCUCUGGUUAGGGUUCCAUCAGGGAC